AUGGUAGCUUCAGAGCUCACCGCGUCUGCCAUAGCCAUGCGCUCGACACCUGUGAGUAGCGAUGAAUCAGCUUCGAGCUUACCCAAGCCCCUCUCGCCUUUGCAAAACCGCGCCGCCUCCAGUCGGAGCCCGUACAUUCGGGAUCAUGCUGAGGACUUGGUCGCAUGGCAGCUCCUGGACGAUGAGGCAGUUGAGCGUUCACGCAAAGAGAACAAACUCAUUUUUCUUCAUAUUGGUUACAAGGCAUGCCACUUUGACCGAGAGGAGCGCCCUGACAUAGAAGCUAUCUAUAUGAACUACGUCCAAGCCGUCCACAAUGUUGGUGGAUGGCCUUUGAAUGCGUUCCUUACGCCGAACCUGGAGCCAGUUUUUGGUGGCACUUACUGGUUCGGGCCUGCAGGACGACGACACCACAAUGGCGAUAGCACUGACGAGGUUCUCGACUCUCUUACUAUCUUCAAGAAACUCCGAGAUAUCUGGAGUGACCAAGAAGCUCGAUGCCGAAAGGAGGCUACCGAGAUUGUUGCGCAACUCAAGGAGUUUGCAGCUGAGGGCACUUUGGGUACAAGGAGUAUCUCAGCACCCUCAGCUUUGGGUCCUGCUGGCUGGGGCGCACCAGCUCCCAGUAAUUCGACUGUCACUCAAGAAAGGAGCACAACUGUAUCAGAGGAGCUGGAUUUGGAUCAGCUGGAGGAGGCGUACAGGAAUAUCGUCGGCACCUUCGACCCAGUAUAUGGAGGUUUUGGCUUGGCACCCAAAUUUUUGAUCCCUCCGAAGCUGACGUUUUUGCUGGGGCUCUUGACAGCCCCGGAGGCCGUCCAGGACGUCGUUGGAGAAGACGAAUGCAAACACGCCACCAAAAUUGCCCUGGAUACGUUGCGCCAGAUCCGUGACGGAGCGCUACACGACCAUAUUGGAGCUACUGGUUUCUCUCGUUGCUCCGUCACAGCGGACUGGAGCAUUCCUAACUUUGAGAAACUUGUGAUCGAUAACGCGCAGUUGCUCUCCCUAUAUAUAGACGCUUGGAAGGCAAGCGGUGGGGGCGAGCAGGGCGAGUUCUUGGAUGUUGUUCUUGAGCUUGCCAAGUAUCUCACCACCUCUCCGAUCGCCCUUCCUGAGGGUGGCUUUGCUUCAAGUGAAGCUGCUGAUUCUUAUUAUAGACAUGGCGACAAGGAGAAGCGAGAGGGCGCUUACUACGUCUGGACGUGGCGUGAGUUCGAAUCAGUCCUGGACGACAUUGAUAGCCACAUGAGUCCCAUCCUGGCGGCGUAUUGGAAUGUGAACAAGGAUGGAAACGUUAGCGAGGAGAACGACCCCAACGACGAUUUCAUUGACCAAAACAUACUACGCGUCAAGACCACCGUUGAACAGCUUAGCAACCACUUCAGCACUCCGGUUGAUAAGGUUCGAGAGUACAUCGAAACGGGAAAGGCAGCUUUGAGGAAAAAGAGGGAACAGGAGCGUGUGCGCCCUGAAUUAGAUGACAAGAUUGUAGCGGGGUGGAACGGUCUUGUCAUGUCAGCUCUCUCAAAGGCAGCUUCUGCCUUGAGAACAUUGAGGCCGGAGCAAAGCUCCAGGUGCAAGAGUGCGGCAGAGCGCGCCGCUGCCUGUAUUAAAGAAAGAUUAUGGGAUGCCAACGAGAAGGUUCUUUACAGGAUAUGGUCUGGGGAAAGGGGAAACGCUGCCUUUGCAGAUGAUUAUGCCUACCUGAUCCAAGGUCUGCUGGACCUUUUCGAGUUGACGGAGAAUCAGGAGUACCUUGAGUUCGCUGAUACUUUGCAGCAAACCCAAAUCUCCUUGUUCUACGAUGCUGAUGGUGCUUUCUUUACGACAAAAGCCAACAGCCCAUAUGUAAUUCUUCGCUUGAAGGAAGGCAUGGAUACGUCACUCCCAUCAACGAACGCUGUCAGCGUUUCGAACCUUUUCCGACUCGCAAGCUUGUUGUCGGAUGAAAACCUUGCUACCAAGGCCCGUCAGACGAUAAAUGCGUUUGAGGUCGAAGUUGGGCAACAUCCGUGGCUGUUCCCUGGCUUGCUUGGAAGCGUUGUUACUGCGAGACUGGGCAGCCAAAAACCGCAAGUCAAUGUGACAUACAAACCAGCGAGGUUGACAACUUGA